AUCUCUUAUCACAUGGUGUCGCCGUCAAGCAGCAGCGGCAGCGGCCGUUGUUGGGGAGAGCGGUGCUCCUUUCCCCGCCCCCCUCGGAGUAGCGGCUCCUCCGCGGAGGACCGCGAGGAAGGCGUUGGCGGGGGGCUGAGGCGCCUCCCUCCCCUUCCUCCGCCGCCGCCGCCGCCGGUGCCAGGCGGAGGCUCCUCCCUCGCUCCCGUGUGACUGGCCUAGUGCCGCAUGUGAGGCAAGAAGGCGGGAGGGAGGAGGAGGAGAGGCGCCCGGCCGACAGCGGCCCCCAGUGCGGCGGCGGCGGCGGGAGGGAGAACAAGAGGCGGCGGCGGAGGAAGAGCAGCAGCAGCAGCAACGGCCACAUCCCCCAUCUGCCGCCUCGACGCUUCUUCUCUUCCCCCUCCCCCUCCCCACCCCCGUUAAUCCCUCAUGACGGUUUGGUGCUGCCGGUGUUCCCUGGCCGGUCACUUCAGAAACUACUGUAGCCCUGAAACCGAAGGACACUUUUUGAAUUCCUUAGUGCAGUAUUUUGGUGACAGCUUUGGGACAAAUGUUAAAACAAUGCCCUUACUAGAAGAAGCUACUCUACCUGUGGACCCACCACUGAGUUUGCCAGUGGUAGUAAUAGGUAAUGGACCAUCGGGAAUUUGCCUCUCAUACAUGCUGUCUGGAUACAGGCCAUAUUUGUCUCCUGCAACAGAACAUCCAAAUCCUAUUUUGCAUAAUAAAUUAAAAGAAUCUAGUCAUCUUUCUAUUGUUGAUCAGGAGUUGGAGUACUUGGCGGAAGGUCUAGAAGGACGCUCUUCGAAUCCUGUUGCAGUUCUCUUUGACACAUUGCUUCAUCCUGAUGCUGACUUUGGAUUUAACUAUCCACCUGUUCUUGACUGGAAACUGGAACCAGAGCACUAUAUCCCUCAUAUGGUGCUUGGCAAAGGACCACCUGGUGGUGCUUGGCAUAAUAUGGAAGGUUCCAUGCUGACUAUCAGUUUUGGAGAUUGGAUGGAAUUACCUGGAUACACAUUUAAAGACUGGACUGCUACCAAGCGAAGAAAUAUAAAGUGUGACAGAGUUCUGCCAGAGCAAAUUGCUAGCUAUUACAAGCACUAUGUUAAAGUCAUGGGCCUUCAAAAAAACUUCAGGGAAAACACGUACAUAACGUCUGUCUCAAGGCUUUACCGAGAACAGGACCAUGAAGAUGAAAGUGAAGUGAGUGAAGAUGUUUUGCCACAACAUUUGCAACUGGAAGAGCAAGGUGGACAGACUAUACUGAUCAAGAGAAACUGGGAAAUCAGAGGUUAUCAGAGAGCAGCGGAUGGCUCUCAUGUGCCAUUCUGUUUGUUUGCUGAGAAUGUUGUUCUUGCCACUGGAACUUUUGAUUCUCCUGGCAGACUCCAAGUAGAAGGUGAAGACUUUCCUUUCGUUCUGCAUUCCAUAUCUGAGUUUGGUGCUGCUGUCGACAAAGGAAUAUUAUGUGGGAAAGCGGAUCCAGUCUUGAUCAUAGGUGGUGGACUUACAGCGGCUGAUGCAGUUCUGUGUGCUUAUAACAACAACAUCCCUGUAAUUCAUGCAUUCCGUAGGAGGGUUACUGAUCCAAGUUUGAUUUUCAAACAGUUGCCUAAAAAGCUUUACCCCGAAUACCAUAAGGUCUACCAUAUGAUGUGCACUCAGUCAGUCACUACAGACUAUAAUUUGCACCAUGCUUAUACCAGUUUUCCAGAACAUCGGGUCCUUUCAUUUCAGCCAGAUAUGAAAUGUGUCCUGCAGAGUGCCUCUGGAUUGAAGAAGAUCUUAAAGUUCUCUGUAGCCUUAGUGUUAAUAGGUUCUCAUCCUAACCUAUGCUUCCUGAAGGGCCAAGGCCAGGGUAUAGGCCAUAACCCAAAUGAACCAAUUACGUGCAAGGGUAACCCUAUUGAAAUUGAUCCAUAUACAUAUGAGUGCACAAAGGAACCCAAUCUUUUUGCAGUAGGUCCACUGAUUGGAGACAAUUUUGUACGUUUUUUAAAAGGGGGGGCACUGGGCAUUACACGGCAUUUGGUCACGAAGCAGAAGCAUCAACUCAUAGCUGAAAGAGAAGGAGAUGGAGUUCCCUAAACCAAACAGCCAUAGACAUCAUCUAAGGAACUACAGGCAUAUGCUAAUAACUGACCCAUAACAUCUAGUCAUUGGCAGCCUUGUUUUUGUUAUCCAUAAGUGUUCUUCAUACUUUCAUUGCCUUGUAGAGAAUGAGACUACAGUAUUCCAGCCUGUAAAAAAUUGUUUUUACUGGAAUUGCUUCCAGUUAAAAGAAACAGUAAAUGAUUAUAAGUCGUGCAGAUUUUAUUUGGUUUUGUACGCUGAUGAGAAAAUAUUUACCACUCUAGAGAAAAAUGGUUUCUACUCAUGAACUAAUAGUUUUGCUAUAUAAAACUAGACCAUGGUUGAAAUAUAGAAGCUUUUCUUUAAGACAAAGUAAAAAAAAAUAUUCAGCAGUUGAUUUGCAGCAAGUACUUUAUUUUACCCUUGGUUGUUGUGGGAAGUAUUUAUAACUUUUGAAAUGGCCUGUAAAAUAAAGAUAGUUGCGAACGGAAACAGUUAAAUGAUACUCCAGAUUGAUAUUCCAGCACAGUUGGUAGUUGGAAGCAGUUGUCAUAAGUACGCAGGCAUGCCAUAUGAAAUGUAGCACACUAGCCUCUUCUACAGUGGUGUAAAAUGAAGUACUGCUUAUGUAACAUCGUUAUGAGGGAUCGCAUAAUGGAUUUACUGCUGUAGUAAAAAUAUUAAUGCCUUGGAAACAAAGUGUUUUAUAUGAAUACCCUGCUCUGCCACAGGACUUUUAUUUGUAAAAGGUAUUUUCAUAACAGCUCAGCAUGGAAGUCUUGUUCAGAUUGAGCAUCACAGGAUUCUCAACAUUCAAGAUGUGCCUGAUCUCUCUGGUCUCAAACAGAACUAGUGUUGAUUGGACGCACACAGCCCUUUAGGUCCCUUUAAACUCACCUUUAGGUCCCUUUGAAAUUGCUUUUUACCGUGCACAUCAUGUUCCAAUGUCGUAUGUAAAGACAGGGAACACCUGUAGUUUUCAUUACUGCAGAUCAACAAUGAUGAAAUAAAAGUAGCUUGAUUAAAAGAAUUGCAGCAAUAAAAACCACAAGAAAAAGGAUGUGGUUCCUUACACACUACUAAAUGAUGUGAAUUAUGAAUACCUUAAGUUCUAAAACUUAGAUUUCAAAGGGUAUUAAGCAUACUUUCUUUGGAUUUGCCUGUUAGCUGCAUUCCCUGUGUAUAUGUGUCAGUUCUGCAUGCAAGCAGUUUUCCCUCACCUUCAACACACAAAUCACACCUGACUGCCUUCAGUAGUUUCCAUAGUCAGCUCCCUGUGCAUACUGUUUAACUGUUGGGGUUUGAUUCAUUAAAGAGAACUUUUAAACCUAUGUUUGCUCACAAUGGAGGAAACAUGAAAAAAUGUGAUCAAAAUAUAAUUUAACAGUAAUGUGUUUAAUUUUGGGGACUAGGAUUGCUCUACCACUAUGAAGGUUAUCAAUCACUCCUAGCAAGGGAAAACAUUUGCGGUAAUUCAGAUUAUUCUCUUAUGUGCUCUGCAGUAUACGAUAGUAUUUCUGGGUUCAUGUUGCACAAGGAGCCUAAACGGUUGUACAAAAUUAAGUUCAAAGUUCCUUUUCCUUUUUUGCAAAUCUGCCAGUUUACCAUUUUGGGAGUUGAACAGUAAACUAAAAUCCCAAUGCAUAUGGAGAACUUCAGGGUUUUUGUUUUUUUAAAAAAAUUAAGCUGCCUUUUCUCUCUCACACACACAAAGCCUACUAGCUUGGACUUGGAACUCAGGCUUUGAGGCCUCAGAGGCACAUACAAGUUACCGUAAGUUACUGUAAGCCAAAGAGGCAACACACACUGUUCUUGAUAGAGCUUGUGAUUAUACUGGGAUAAAUUGGGGGCAUUUUGUUUUCUGCAGAGAUCCCUUUCUGAGCAGCAAAUCACUUUUUAAGCCUGGGCAGUUUAAAAAGCAGACUGGAGAUUUGGUAGUUUUUUGUCUUAUGUUCAAGGGAAAAUGGGUCAAUAAGCCCAAAUGCAUUUAUGCAUCUGAAUGAUAGCUGCUGUGUAUUUUGUUACAAACUACCUUUGAAAAGAAUUGUGAAAUAAUUCAAUAAAUGCAAAAGAAUAAGGACUA